UUGUAGGGCUGCUGCCGGCCUCAUACAGUGCCUGACUGUGCCUGCAGUGCCCAUUGCCAUCAGCCCCUGUGGGGCACACUGGUCCGGACUGCCUAGCUUAGCUGCGGCACCAGCUCCCGGAGCUCCUGGCCAGGGGUACCUCGGAGAUGGCCCGGAUAUGGCUGCCCUGCCUCCUGCUUCCUGCCCUCUUGGUGUCAGUGGCAGCCAAUGUGCCCCCGAGGUUCGAGGCCAACAUGUCGAGUGUGUCUUUGCCUGAGGACCUACCAUUGGGUGCCGAGGCCUUCUGGCUGGUAGCUAAAGACACGGAUAAUGAUGCACUGACCUAUGGGAUUAGUGGCGCCUAUGCCUAUUUCUUCUCUGUCAACAAGGACACUGGGGAAGUGAAGCUGGCGAGCCCCCUGGACUUCGAGACCCUGAAAUUCUUCAGCAUCGACAUCUCUGUGAGCGACGGUCAUAACAACCCUGUGCGGAAGCCAAUGAGUGUGGUGGUUGAAGACAGAAAUGACAAUGCACCUGUUUUCGAGAACACUGUAUUCUCUACCAGCAUCGAUGAGACGCUGCCAGUUGGCUCCCUGGUGUUCUCCGUGCUGGCCAAGGACCCAGACACAGGCUCAGGGGGCGUGGUGCAGUACUUCAUAGAGAAGGUCAUCCCUGAUACCCCGGACAGCAAGGAUCUCUUCAGGAUUCUGGAAGAUGGCUCCAUUAUACUCAAUGACAACCUCAGCUACAAUAACAAGAGCGUCUCCUAUCAGCUGCAGCUGAAGGCCUGUGACUUGGGCGGCCAGUUUAAUAACAACUUCACUGUACAGUGCUCCCAGCCUGUCUUUCUGUCCAUCUCAGUCAACGACCAACCAGACCUGGACCCCCAGUUUGUCAGGCAGUUUUACUCAGCCUCCGUUUCUGAGGAUGCAACUGUGAACACCUCGGUGCUGAUGGUGCAGGCUGUGGACGGAGACAAGGGCAUCAAUGACCCGGUGACCUACAGCAUCUCCAAUUCCACGAGGCCUGGAUGGUUUGCUAUUGGGGAAGAUGGGCUCAUCAGCGUCAGCGCCCCCCUGGACCGAGAGCUACUGCUGGAGGACAAUGAGGAAGUGCAGUUGCAGGUCACGGCCACUGAGAAGAACCUCAACAUCUAUGGACAAGAAGCCAAGGCAACCACUUGGGUCACAAUAACAGUGCUGGACGUGAAUGACCACAAACCCGAGUUUUACAGCUGUGUCCUCCCAGACUGCUUCUUCACCCCCCAAGAGGCCCAAGACAACUUCAGUGCCUACGUGGAUGAGCACGCCUCCACCCGCAUCCCCAUCGACAAUCUCACCAUGGUGGCCUAUGACCCAGACAAGGGCAGCAAUGGCACCUUCCUGCUGUCCCUGAUGGGUCCUGAUGCUGGAGCCUUCAGCGUCUCCCCUGUGCGGGCAGCUGGCUCAGCCGAAGUGCAGGUGCUGGUGAGAGCUUCAGAGAUGGUGGACUACGAGAGCCAGACAGUGAUGCUGGUGCAGGUUGUGGCCGCUGACUCGGUCAGCCAGCUCUCCUCUGUUGCCACGGUGACCAUCCAUCUUAGAGACAGUAAUGACCAUAGGCCCACAUUCCCCCAGAGAUUAUAUGUCCUCAGUGUGCUGGAAGACAGUGCCACAGGCUCUGUGGUCACCAGCAGCAUACAUGCUGAAGACCCAGACACGGGAGAAUGGGGCCACAUCACCUACAGGCUGCUCCCAGGAAACGGGGUAGACCUCUUUGAGGUGGAUCCAGACUCAGGUACGCUGACAGUGAAGAAUGGCACCCUGUUGGACCGGGAGAGGCAGGCUGUAUACUACCUCACGCUGCAGGCCACAGAUGGGGGCGGCCUGUCGGACACCACCAUGCUGCAGAUCCACCUGCUAGACGUUAAUGACAAUGCCCCUGUAGUCACUGGCUCCUACAGCAUCUUUGUCCAGGAAGAGGAGGGCACUGUCUCUGUGACCAUCCAGGCCUAUGACAACGAUGAGCCAGACACCAACAACAGCCGCCUGCUCUUUAGCCUGCUGCCUGGGCCCUACAGCCAGAACUUCUCAGUGGACCCUGACAGUGGGCUCCUCAGGAACGUGGGGCCCCUGGACCGAGAGGCCAUUGACCCAGCCCUGGGGGGCCGCAUCGUGCUGACUGUGAGCGUGGCUGACUGUGGGGUGCCUUCCCUCAGCACCGAGGUCAAUGUCACCGUCACCGUGGAGGACAUCAAUGAUAACCUGCCUGUCUUCAACCAGUCCAGCUACAAGUUCCGCGUGGAGGAGAGGGUUCCAGGAGUGCUGGUGGGUGUAGUGGAGGCCUGGGAUGCAGACCAGACAGAAGCCAACAACCGCAUCAGCUUCAGCCUGUCAGGGAGUGGUGCCAACAACUUCAUGCUCCGGGGUGUGGUGCUGGGGUCUGGGAAGGCUGAGGGCCAGCUCUGGCUGCCCCCGGAUGUAAGUCUGGACUAUGAGACCCAGGACAUCUUCAAGCUGAUAGUGAGUGCAGAGAACCCAGGCCCCCAGGGCCAUGAGGCCACAGCAGAAGUCAACGUGACUGUGGUGGAUGUGAAUGAUGAGCCACCCACCCUGGUGGAAGCCUCGCUUCGGGGCGUCUCUGUGGCUGAGAAUGGCUCACAGCAUGGUCAGGUGGCUGAGGUGAUGGCCCAGGAUGUGGACACUGAGGCCCAGCUGGAGAUACUGCUAAUGAAUGUCAUCUGUACCAAGGCUGGGGUUGAUGUGGGCAGCGUGUGCCAGGGCUGGUUCUCAGUGGCAGCCAAUGGCUCUGUGUACAUCAGUCAGAGCGAGGCCAUCGACUACGAGGCCUGUGACCUGGUAACGAUGGUAGUGCGGGCCUACGACCUCAACACGGAUCCCCGUUUCCAUGCCUACAGUGCAAAUGGAAGUCUCCUCAUCACCAUCGAGGAUGUGAAUGACAACGCCCCUUAUUUUCUGCAGGAUAAUAAGACUUUCGUGAUCAUCCCGGAACUUGUGCUACCCAACCAGCAGGUGGCUUCCGUUCAGGCCAGAGAUGAGGACUCGGGGAACAAUGGGGCCAUCCGGUUCUCCAUCCUCCAAGCAAAUUUCCUCGCUAAGGACGGCACUAUGACCCCUUCCCAGAACUUCUUCCGGGUCUUCACAUCCUUGGAAGCCAAUGUGUUUAUUGGCAACAUCGAGUUGGUGACCAAUCUUGAUCCCACACUCCAAGGCACCUACCAGGUGACAGUCAAGGCCCAGGACACACCUUCAGUGGGUCCUGUGCAGGAAGCCACAAUCACCCUGAAUCUCUUCACUGUGGACCAGAGUUACCGUGUGAGGCUGCAAUUCUCCACAUACAAGGAGGAGGUGGGCACCAACGUGGACAAGAUUAAGGCGGCCCUUGCCCAGGCGACCAAGACUUCUGUCUACAUUGUGAACAUUCAGGACAUAGACUCCUUGGCCAGGGCCCAAGCCCACUCCUACCUCGAUGCCUACUUUGUCUUUUCCAAUGGGACGGCCCUGACACUUAGCCAGCUGAGUAUGAUGAUCCAGAGUGACCAGGGAGUGCUCACACAGCUGCUGCAGCUGGGACUGGUGGUGCUGGGCUCCCAGGAAAGCCAGGAGUCAGACCAGCCAAAGGUGCUCACUGGAGUCAUCAUAGGAUUGGCAGUGGCUUUGCUGCUGGUCCUUGUGAUCGUGAUCGCGGCCUUUGUGUGUGUACGGAAGAGCUACCACCGGAAGCUUCGGGCUAUGAAGGCAAGCAAGGAGGCUCAGACGACUGCAGCUGGGGUGAUGCCUUCAGCCCCUGCCAUCCCUGGGACUAACAUGUACAACACUGAGCGGGCCAACCCCAUGUUGAAUCUCCCCACCAAGGACCUGGGCUUGGAGUACCUCACCUCCUUCAGCGAUUUGGAUGACGUCAGCCUUAACUCUCUGGAUGAGAACUCUGUGGACCUGGGCACGAACAAUCAGAAGACCAAGAAGGAUCCUCCUCACAGUGCACCAGAACCAGAGUCAGAGCCUGAGCCCCUGAAGACUGUGCUGUCGAGAAGAAAGGAAGCCCCAAGGGGACAGCAGCAGGAGGGCUUGUCCUUCACCAAUGCUGGCCUGGACACCACAGACCUGUGAUGGAGGCCCCUCUUCUGGCACCCCGGAAACUACACCCACUCCUC